AUAAGCAUGUGGUGAAUGCCGUCCUCCAUCUUUGAUUUCCAUCCAUUUUCAGUCUUCUGGCCUUCGCCAUGGCUCGAGAGAUACAACAACAGUCCCAUAAGGGAGAUGCCGGAGACGGAGGCAGAGGCGGCGCUUUUCAAUCUAACAAAUCUCCGGAAAAGAUGGAGUCGUCCAUCGAUGUCGCCGGAGGGCCCUCCGCCCGUCCCGCCGCUGGUGGGAAUCCAAACAAACUGACUCUUGUCCCCCUCAUCUUCCUCAUCUACUUCGAGGUCGCCGGAGGGCCCUACGGAUCUGAGCCGGCGGUGCAGGCUGCGGGAGCGCUCUACGCCCUGCUUGGAUUCCUCAUCUUCCCCUUCAUCUGGAGCGUCCCGGAGUCGCUGGUCACCGCCGAGCUGGCCACCGCCAUCCCCGGCAACGGCGGCUUCGUCCUCUGGGCCGCUCGUGCCUUUGGCCCCUUUUGCGGGUCCCUGAUGGGCACCUGGAAGUUCCUCUGCGGCGUCAUCAACAGCGCCGCCUUCCCGGCGCUCUGCGUCGAGUACCUCGCCAAGGUGGUGCCGGCCGUCGGCGACGGGGGGCCGCGGUACGCGACGCUGGCGGGGAUGAACCUGGCGCUGUCCUUCCUCAACUACACCGGGCUGACCAUCGUGGGGUACACCGCGGUGGCGCUCGGGGCGGCGUCGCUGGCGCCGUUCGUGGUGAUGACGGCGAUCGCGGUGCCGCGGAUCCGUCCGCGCCGGUGGCUGGUGCGAGGGAGGCACAACGACUGGCGCCUCUUCUUCAACACGCUGUUCUGGAACCUCAACUUCUGGGACAGCGCGAGCACCAUGGCCGGCGAGGUUGAGCGCCCGGAGAGGACCUUCCCCACCGCCCUGCUCGCGGCGGGGCUGAUGACGGCGAUCGGCUACCUUCUCCCGCUGAUGGCCGGCAUCGGGGCGGUGGACGCCCCGCAGGAGGCCUGGGGCGGCGGUUACUACGCCGAUCUGGCAGAGAUGAUCGCGGGGAGGUGGCUCAAGUACUGGAUCGAGGUCGGGGCGGUGCUGUCGGCGGUGGGGCUGUACGAGGCGCAGCUGAGCUCGAGCGCGUUCCAGCUGCUGGGGAUGGCGGACCUCGGCCUGCUGCCGCGCGCCUACGCGUCCCGAGCCAAGUGGUUCCGCACGCCCUGGGUCGGCAUCCUCACCUCCUCCCUCAUCACCCUCGGCCUCUCCUUCAUGACCUUCAACGACAUCAUCAACUCCGCCAACUUCCUCUACGCCCUCGGCAUGCUCAUGGAGUUCGCCGCCUUCCUCUGGCUCCGCCGCAAGCAGCCCGACCUCAAGCGCCCCUACCGCGUCCCCCUCUCUUUCCCCUUCCUCGUCAUCCUCUGCUUGGUCCCCUCCGCCUUCCUCCUCUUCGUCAUGGCCAUCGCCGGGUGGAAGGUGUACGCCCUCUGCGCCGGGAUGACCGCCGGGGGGGUCGCCGUUUACUACCUCAUGGAUUUCUGUAAAUCUAGGGCGUUCCUGAAGUUCAGCGACGGAGAGGAGGCAAUCAGCGUCUGAAGUGGUGAAAUCACAAGCCGGAAUCAUCGAAGCUUUACCUGUUACCUUGCUCUGUGCGACUGCAGAUCAUGCACAGUGGGCGUAAAUGGAAGAUUCAUGCUUCAUCGUCGUUCGUCACCUGGAUAUCUGCAGCUAAGCGCUGCAUUUUGUAUAUGGCAAAAUAAAAUGUAGAAUUUUCAUCAUUUGAUUUGA